GAGUGAUUUUCGGAUAAGAGUGUGUAACACAAUUGCUUGACAAAUUUUGUUUGUCGCUCCUGUUUUAAAUGACUCAGCAGCGUCAGAAAAUUACAAAAUGAAAGCAAUCGAAGCGAAAAUCGUUGUGCUCGGCUCACAAGGUGUCGGCAAAAGCAGCCUCAUCAAACAGUAUAUUUGCGAAAUGAAUCCCACCAAAAUUGCGCCGACCAUCGGAGCCUCAUUCUCGACGUUUAAAAUCAAAUUGGAAGAAGGCAAGGUCAAAAUGCAGAUUUGGGACACUGCUGGUCAAGAGAAAUUUCGCGCAAUGACACCCAUGUACUAUCGCAACGCUAAUGCCGCAUUACUCGUUUUCGAUUUAACAAAUUACAAUAGCUUUGUCGAGGUCAAGGGAUGGGUUCAAGAAUUACAUAAGAAUGUGAUUGAGCCCAUGAUCUUGACAUUAGUUGGUAAUAAAAUCGAUUUAGAAAAAGAGCGCGCUGUAUCACGUGAAGAGGCAUUCCUCUAUGCAUCAUCGAUAAAUGGUUCAUAUUAUGAAACUUCAGCUAUAAACGGUGGCCGAGGCAUUGAACAAGUUUUCAUCUCAACUGCCCGUGGAUUGCUUCAAUUGGCUGAAAACAGUGAUUGUUCCUCAAUUAAACGAUAUGAAUCAACAGAUUCUAUCCUUAGUUGUAAUGACAUAAAUGGUUUCUAUGAUAAAUCGAACUUGAGUUCGGUGAAUAUGGGCAUUCCCGUGGACUUGAAUGUAGAAGCAAAUGAUACUGGUCGACUAGAAACACCGCCUUGGAGUAUCAACCACAUAGCGCAUGGAGACGCACAUCGCUCAGGCUGGUGCUGUUAUUGAAAUCGACCAAAUUUAAUUUUAAGGGAAAGAAAAACCCCCCUCCCCCUCAAGAAUCAAGUUCCAAUGUUGAAAUGCUAGUUGUAAAAUGACAUUCGCUCUCCUUCGAGUAAACCUUUUUUUAACCAUUGAAUUUCACGUACAUUUUUAAGUUGAAUUUAAUCAAUAUUUAUCCGCUAAUUGUGAUUUUUCUCGUUAUUGCUAAGAAAUCAUUGCUAUUUAAUUUAACUUCGAUUCGAUAUUUCCCAUUAACUAAAUGAGAUAAAAAAAACUAAGCCAAAAUCAUUUCGACUGUCGUCAAUUCGAUACUCAAAUCGUGCCAAUUUAUUUGACUCUUGGCUUUGACGGGUUUGUCAAUUUAAAGCACAAUUAAUAUUUAAGCUCUGCCAACUAGCACACAUAAACACCAUUGCCUACUCGAUUCGAGACUUUUGCCUGACACAUUUUGUAAAAAACUAGAACUUUUACGAAAGAAAAGAAUAAAAUAAAAGACCAAACCUUAUU